GACAAGCGUCGCCGCCAGAAAUAUGAGCGACACCUGGAGGACACGGCGAAGAGUGGUACCAUCACGAUGAACACUCCUCGUGGCUCUUCGCAGGAAGCACGUCGGCGGAUGGCGGCGGAGGGCGUGCGUCGACUCCAUGAGUGGCUUCAGCAUCAAAGUGUCCACGAGGGACAAGAGGAGAUGGAACCAUGGGUGCCUCCGCCUCCACCUCCAGAGCAGCGGGCAAAGGCGAAGAGUUGGCUGCCGGUUUACUCGAGCGGUGUCAUUGUCCGUUGGGAAAGGGCCAUGGCACCUGAGGCGGCGGCUGAGACGCCCGCAGCCUGGAACAAACAUCUUCUGACGACAACGGAUCGUUGGGAGAGUUCCAUAAAGUUGGGAUCAGGAGGCACCGACCCCGAUCCCAACUUG